CUUCACCCCCCCCUAAUCCUCACCAAAGAAAACCCUUUUCUUCUUCUUCAGUAGUCUCCUCUCUUUUUACACUCCGAAAACCCAAUAACAAAGAUACAGGUAGAGCCCAUGGCAAAAUUUGGGAAGCUAACGAAGCUGAAGUCUGUAAUAAAAAGAUGGCCAUCUUUAACCAAGCUGACCCGUAGCAGCAGCUCUAUAGCGGCUGCCGAAUCCCAAGACAAGCCGGUUCCGAAGGGUCUUCACGCAGUGUACGUCGGGAAAUCGCGGCGGAGGUACCUGGUGGGUUCCGACGUCAUCUGUCAUCCACUGUUGCAAGAGCUGAUCGAUCGCUCCUCUAGUGCUGGUAGUAUGGAUGAUGAUGAUCAUGAAGAUGGUGAUGAUGAUGUCGAUGAUAAUGAUAAUAAUGGUGGUGGUCAUGAAGUUGUGGUUUGUUGCGAGGUUGUUUUGUUUGAACACUUGCUUUGGAUGCUUGAGAACGACGGGGCUCAGUUGGGGUCCAUGGAAGAGCUGGUGGAUUUCUACACUUGUUAACCAACAGAAAAAAAAACAAAGCUUUCAAGCUUUUGUCAAAAGUUGUAAAAUCUUA